AUGUAUUUGUCAGGUAAAGCUCCAGAAACACAAUACAGAAGCUCGUGGAAUAAAGUACAAUAAUGGAUUGCAUUGUGCUGCUAGAAUAUUACAAACUGAAGGAGGAUUCAGGGCUCUGAAGGACCUGGGCUGAUAAAGAUUUUCUGUGUCAGGUUAAGGGGCUAUAUCGAGGAGCUACAUCUUCGUUCAUUGGCAUGGCCUUUGAGAGCUCACUUGUAUUUGGUAUUUACUCCCAAACAAAACUACUGCUGCAGGGUGGACCAGAUGGAGGUAAGCCCCUGCCUCGUGCAAUAGUUCCUUCAGCUGCCUUUGGAGGAGCUAUUAUCAGCUUCAUUCUAUGCCCAUCAGAACUGGUGAAGUGUAGGAUGCAAGUUCAAGGUGCUGAUUCUGUGGUACCAAGCUCCAGUAGAUAUAGUGGUCCACUUGAGUGUGCUGUUAAAACUGUAAAAAGUGAAGGGCUCACAGGCAUAUUUCGAGGAGGCUUCACGACUUUAUUAAGAGAAUCUUUGGGAAACGCUGUCUUCUUUAGUACAUAUGAAUAUGUUCGUUAUCACUUGCAUCUACGACGGAAAGGUGCUUCCUCUGAGUCAAGCCACCUGGUUGAUGUUGGAGUUGGAAUAAUGAGUGGUGGUCUUGGUGGUAUAGCAUGUUGGUCAGCAGUUCUGCCCUUGGAUGUAGCAAAAACUAUAAUUCAGACUACCCCAGAGAAAAACCAUACGAGAAAUCCGUUUCGCAUUUUAAAAUCGAUUUAUGGGAGAUCCGGUCUUAGAGGAUGCUAUACGGGUCUAGGUCCUACAAUUGUCAGAGCUUUUCCUGCUAAUGCAGCUGCAAUUGUCGCAUGGGAGCUGUCUGCCAAAUUGUUGGGAAUCAAGCGUGAUUUGAACUAGUAAGAUAUCUUGACUGCUGCCAAUACUAUUCUGGUUGCCUGCUGGCUUAAAGCUUUAGAGGCUCGUGGCAAGAUUACUCCAUGAUUCUUUUGAUGUGCACUCACCAUCGCACUAUUAAUUUGGCACAAGCAUGCUAUUUUUUAAUGAAAUAAUCCGAGCAUCUUUAAUUAUGCUUUGUGGUUCUCUCACGUUAUUUUUUCCUUUAUCUCUUCGGAGGACCAAAGGUAGUAUCGUAGCUUGAUUAAUGUGGUUGGUUAUUGGUCAAAGUUAAUUGAAGUUGGAGUGUUCUUCUUAAGCUUUAUUGCACAACAUUAUUAGCUGCAAUAUUGGUGAUAUAUUCUAUGAAAAACGGUCUUGCAUA